CCGGAAGUUGGGAAGUUCUGCAGUAAGGAAGAAAAAUGGCCGCAGAGGGGACCAGGUCUGUGCUGUUCGUGUGUCUGGGUAAUAUUUGUCGCUCACCUAUAGCAGAAGCAGUUUUUAGAAAACUUGUAGCUGAUCAAAAUAUUUCAGAUAAGUGGAGCAUAGACAGUGCAGCAACAUCUACAUAUGAAAUAGGAAACCCUCCUGAUUAUCGAGGGCAGAAUUGCAUGAAGAAACAUGGCAUUACCAUGAAUCAUAUUGCCAGGCAGAUUACUAAAGAAGAUUUCCUCACCUUUGAUUAUAUACUCUGUAUGGAUGACAGCAAUCUGAGAGAUUUGAAUAGGAAGGUUAAUCAAGUUAAAAACAGCAAAGCUAAAAUUGAACUUCUUGGAAGCUAUGAUCCACAAAAACAACUUAUUAUUGAAGAUCCUUAUUAUGGAAAUGACUCUGACUUUGAGACUGUGUAUGAGCAGUGUAUGAGGUGCUGCAAAGCAUUUUUGGAAAAAGCUCAUUAAGGUUCACAUUUAUUGCUAAAGGACAACAAUGAUUGACAUCGACUUAAAAAUGAUGUAUGUAUAUCAGUUGAUGUGUGUUAUUAAAGAGUAAUAAUGUACUACA